ACCGCAUUCUCGCGGCGGCACAACCUGUACUUUCUUGCCGCCACAGAUACUUUACACGUCUAUCAACCAAGUUUUCCGGAUCAAAAUUUGACUAAGGAGCCCGACCUUGUCCUUCAUCCACCCAAGACUGGCCAUCGAGGGCAAGGUAUCGAUCCCUGGGAGCCUCAUUCCAUCAACCGCGUUCUUGUUGAAUACCUUGGUAAUGAAGAAGUUCUUCUUGUCACCUGCGAUGAUGGCGAUGUAACCGGCUAUCGUACCGAAGCAAUCUACCGAGCUUUGCAACGACGAAGCAAUCAAGAUGAGUCUGCUAGCAAGGAUGACGUUCACAUCUUCCUCCAUCGAAACGUUGGCGCUAGCGCGUGGGGCUUAGCUGUGCAUCGAGAGGCUCGGAUCAUUGCCAUUAGCGCGAACACGUAUCAAAUCACUGUCAUUGCAUACGCGCUCGUA